CGCUCACUUUAAUCCAAAUCUCAUCUCCUGUAUAGCUCUCCACUCUGUUCCACUGCUCCUCACUACUUACAUCCUCCACCUUUGUUUCUCGACUUAAACCGCAUCCCACGUGUCAUAAUCGCAGCUCUUAUCACUCUCACUCACCGAAGACUCUCGCACAGUAGAUCACAGUAGCCAACAAUUAAAACUCAAAUCACCAAUCAACCACCAACUAGUUUAACAGCUAGAGAGAGAGAGAGAAAAUAAACUUCGAAAUAAUUCGCCGCCAACGACAAAGACAAUGGCCGGAGGAGGCGGAUACGGCGGCGCAUCGGGAAAAGUCGAUUACGUCUUCAAAGUCGUUCUGAUCGGCGAUUCAGCAGUCGGGAAAUCGCAGCUGCUCGCUCGAUUCGCUAGAGACGAGUUCAGCUUAGACUCCAAGGCCACAAUCGGCGUCGAGUUCCAGACUCGUACCCUCACCAUUGAAGAGAAGAGCGUCAAGGCUCAGAUCUGGGAUACCGCCGGCCAAGAAAGAUACAGAGCGGUUACGAGCGCUUAUUACAGAGGAGCGGUUGGUGCGAUGCUUGUUUACGAUAUUACCAAACGUGAGACCUUUGACCACAUCCCUCGUUGGCUUGAGGAGCUCAGAGCGCAUGCUGAUAAGAACAUUGUGAUCAUCCUCAUUGGUAACAAGUCUGAUCUCGAGGAUCAGAGAGCUAUUCCCACCGAGGACGCCAAAGAGUUUGCGGAGAAGGAAGGUCUUUUCUUCCUCGAGACGUCUGCUCUGAACGCGACCAAUGUGGAGAACUCCUUCAACACUCUGAUGAUGGAGAUCUUCAACACGGUUAACAAGAAGAGUCUCUCGUCUGCUGAGUCAAAUAACCCUGGUUCUUUGGCUGGUAAGAAGAUUGUUAUCCCAGGUCCAGGACAGGAGGUUCCCGCUAAGACCAGCACGUGCUGUAGUUCUGCUUGAUCUGUGUCUUUUACAAAAGCAAAAUUCAUUUGUCCGGUGUCCCCCUUUGAACUAUGGUUUGAUAGAGAAUGCUUACUUACUUUGAUUUGUAUAUUCUUUUGGAAUCUGGCUUGUGUUGCUUGCUUGCUUGGUUCAUUAAACAAUGGUGCAAUUAGUCACCGAUAGACAGAAGAGAGUAUUGGAACAAAUAGCUUUUGAAUUUGAAAUGUUAAACAUCAUUUUUCACAUAU